AUGUCGUCGUUUAAGCAAGCCGACCACAAGCUCCUUAUGAUCCCCGGCCCCAUUGAGGUCGCGGAUGAUGUGCUUCUUGCGAAUGCACACCCAUCGAUGGCGCACAUCUCGCCUGACUUUUUGCCUAUCUUUGGCGAGUCGCUGGAGAUGAUCCGCCAAGUCGUGGAUGCGCCGAACAGCCAGCCCUUCAUCAUUGCUGGUUCAGGUACGCUGGGCUGGGACAUGGCCGCAGCGAACCUGAUCCAGCCGGGUGAGGACGUGCUCGUGCUUACGACGGGCUACUUUGGCGACAGCCUGACAGAGUGCCUGGAGACGUACGGCGCCAAGCCGACGCAGCUUACUGCGCCGGUGGGCGGUCGCUCGACGCGCGAAGAGAUUGCAAAUGCACUCAAGGAAAAGAAGUACAAGGCCAUUACUAUUACGCACGUCGACACUUCGACGGGUAUUCUGAACGAUGUCGAGAGCAUUGCCAAGGUCGUGCAGGAGGUCAGCCCUGACACACUGAUCAUUGUCGAUGGUGUAUGCAGUGUCGGCUCCGAAGAGAUUCACAUGGAGGCAUGGGGCGUGGACUACAUUCUGUUUGCGUCGCAGAAGGGUCUUGGCUGCCCGCCUGGCCUGUGCUUGGCCGUGGCUAGCCAGCGUGCGAUUGAGACGUUUGAGAAGCGCAGCGUUCCGCCCGGCACGUACUUUGGCUCGUGGAAGAAGUGGAUCCCGGUGAUGAAGUCGUACGAGGCCCGCAAGCCGUCGUACUUUGCGACGCCUUCUGUGAACUUGGUGUACGCCCUGCACUGCUCGCUCAAGACCAUGACGCAAGGCUCUGUGUCGCUUUCGCAGCGCUUCCAGCUGCACCGUGAGGCGUCGCAGAAGGUGAAGAAGACGAUUGCUGAGCUGGGUCUGGAGCAGCUGGCGCUCCCCGAUUCGCGUGAAGGCGGUGUGGCCAACGGUAUGACCGCCGUGCGGUACCCUACCGGCUUUGGUGCCGCCGAUAUCCUCCCGAAGAUGGCUCAGCGUGGUGUCGUGUUUGGUGCGGGUCUGCACAAGGACUGCAAGGACCAGUACUUCCGUAUCGGCCAUAUGGGCGUGUCGGUAUGCGACUCGUCACGCAACGACAUUGAUGUGAUUCUGAACCACUUGCGCGAUGUGCUUUCCGAGCUGGGUGACCAGUCGUAA